UAUUUCCUAAGCCGGUGACGUCACUACCUGUUCCUUGUUCCUCGUCAGCAACCCGGAAACGAGAGGCGCUAAUUGCUACAUGCUAGCAGCCCGCUGCCAUGAAAACACUGACGAUUAGCGGAGAGGGAGGCGACUUGUUCUAGACCCAGGACGCGACGCCGUCGAGCAGCCGCCCGUCAACGCAACUCUCACGGGCUAUAAUCGCUAAACGUUGCCCCGGGCGUGUCGUCGAGACCCGGGCAUCGGGGUCCGUCCAUCCUCCGCGUUAGCAGCCGCAGCGUUGCGGCGUUCUCGGUGGGGGAUGGCCGCGGCGCACAGAGCCGCUGUGGCGGCGUUAUGUCUACUCCUUCUCCUCCUGGAUGGCUGCGAGGCGAGGAUACACAAACUGGUGCUGAAGAAUGAAACUCGCUUUUUCGUCCAUCUCAACACGUUUGGCUUUUAUGCUAACGGGACAUUGGAUGUCAACCUGCGGUCUCUGCGCCUCCCUACCCAGCUGGUCAACUACAGCGUCUACCCGGUUGGAUUCAGCUUAUCCAGGUCCCGUGUGAGUGGAGUUCUGUCAUACCCAGCUGAAGAGACCGAGACAUGCCCUCUCACGCUCACCAAAGCGACCGAGGAACCCCUCAUCCUCUUUCUUGUUGAUAUCAACAGCCUUAGUGUCAAUGUCCGCGUCCUCGGAGAUCAAGACAACGUUUUGACCGCCAAACUGAAGGCUGAUAUGCAGACCAAAGUAAAAGGUCAGAGGUCAAGCAGGGAGGCUCCUGCCAACCCUCCUGCUGAGCCUGUGGAGCCGGCGAAAGAUGGUGAUAAAACAUCUGACAAAGUAGCAGAAAAAUCCAAGGCUAAAACAAAUGACGAGCCUGUGGAUCAAACUAAGAAGGAUCAAACGACGGGGGAUCAGACGGCAGUAAAUGCACUUCCCGAAUUCCAGCUCGACAAGACCAAACAGCUGACGUUAGCUUUGGAGAAAGUUAAUGACACCUACAACUUCAGCUUCCACCUGCUGGUGGGCUUGAUGGCUGAAGGCUUGUACAACUUCAACUUCUACUACUGUCAGAACAUGGUGCCUGGCAUAGAUAUUCCCUACUCCUUCACCCUGGAAGUGACCGAGAAGAAUCCAGGAGGCUUCUUGUCGGCAGCAGAAAUCCCGCUUUCUCGUCUCUACAUUGGCAUGGCCGGAAUCUUCUUCACCGCCGCCAUGGUGUGGGUGUACACGCUCAUGAAGCACAGGUACAGCGUGUUUAAGAUCCACUGGCUGAUGGCGGCGCUGGCAUUUACCAAGUCCAUUUCUUUGGUUUUCCACAGCAUCAACUAUCACUUCAUCAACACAGAAGGUCAUCCCAUCGAGGGCUGGGCGGUCAUGUACUACAUCACACACCUGCUCAAGGGGGCGCUCCUGUUCAUCACACUGGCGCUGAUUGGCACCGGCUGGGCUUUCGUCAAAUACAUUCUGUCUGACAAGGAGAAGAAGAUCUUCAUGAUUGUCAUUCCCCUGCAGGUACUGGCCAAUGUGGCCUACAUCAUCAUGGAGUCUACGGAGGAAGGUUCCAGCGAGUACCCUCUGUGGAAAGAAAUCCUCUUUCUGGUGGACCUCAUCUGCUGCGGCGCCAUCUUGUUCCCUGUCGUCUGGUCCAUCCGUCAUCUCCAAGAGGCUUCCAGCACCGACGGAAAAGCUGCCAUGAAUUUGGAGAAGCUCAAGCUCUUCCGCCACUAUUACGUCAUGAUCGUGUGUUACAUCUACUUCACGAGGAUCAUCGCCAUCCUGCUGAAGGUCACCAUGCCGUUCCGCUGGGAAUGGUUCUAUGAGUUCCUGGUGGAAGUUUCCACGCUGAUCUUUUUUGUCCUGACGGGAUACAAGUUCCGACCCGCUUCCAACAACCCGUACCUCCAGCUGCCGCAGGACGAGGAAGACGAAGAGAUGGAUGAAAUAGUGACUGAGUCAGGAGCCCUGGAGGGCAUUUCCAAAGUCAAGAAGACGUUGAACGGACGCGAGCGCCAAAAGGAAGCCACCUUGUGAGCGUGGGCGGGGCUUCAUUUGGGAGGGACAUGGACCCGAUAUGGCUUCCCACCCACGGACCACUGCUCCCACACCCUCCUACCCCUUUUUUCUUUUUUUUUGAAGAGCUCAGUGGUUCUAGUGGUCCUUCCUCCCCCCACUACCUGCCUAUGCAAACUGACUUUGUGUCUUUGGAGAACAUCCACAGACGGACGGACUGACGGAUGAACGGAUCCCCAAAGAUCAUUUUAGCUUUUUUGGGUGUGUGUUUCUAUUCAACACGAUACUUGCAUUAUUCCUUAUAUAUUGCGCGUGCUGAGAGAGGCGUUUCUUCGCUAGAACAUGCUCAGGUUCUCCCCACUGGCCAAUCAAGAUGCAGGCAACAUUCAGGGCGCUGCUGAUUGGUGGAGGCCACACAGUUCUGAUCAGGAUGUUUGAGCUUGUAAAUUUCACGAUCUGUACUUCUUGGUCCAUUUCAGUAUUGAUGUUGGACCGCCCGUCAUCGCCGCUGUAGUUUAGCGCUCCUAAACACUUUUUUGGGGGGUGGGGAGGGCGUCACUGCCACUGUUAGCAACGUAACUAAUUGCUUUUGUCUGCAUUUUUAGUAUUCUAUUCUGGAUAUGAUGCCUAUUUUAUUGAUGACUUUUGAGAAGUUAUUGCUAUUGAAAGGUCAGAAGAGUGUAAAUAAUCUUGGCCCCGCCCCCCUAUCAAAAAACAAAACCCACUUUGCGAUGAUUUAGUUUGAAUUUGAAUCAAAAGUGAGAAUGAGGCUACUGAGAUAUGACCACACACACAAUCCUCUUCACGUGUGUUGCCUUCCUGUGAGGACGCAAAUGUAACUUAACUCUAUAGCUUCAACUUUACUGAGGGAUUAUUUUUUUCAUGUUGGUGACCUGUCAAUAAUAAAGCUUGUGUUCUGGUGAACUUAA